UUCAACUUCAACCAGCCAAUCAUCCUCGUCGCCGAAGCAAUGAGUAACUCAGCCCCGUCAUAGUUCCUUUUACCCCCUGUCUCUCUCUUCGUUUUCUCUCACGCCCUGACCAUGGAUACAUUGUCGCAAGCAGCUGCGCCGGACGCGCCUACUCUCCUCUCUCUCCUUCCUCGCCUCACCUUUACGCAGGGCCUCGUAGUCGGACAACUCAGCAUCAUAUGCGUCGUCGUAGCUUUGGUACGCUACCUACUCUUCGAGGACCACGCCGCGGCUCGAGAGGAUGAAGCGGCUUCGAAAGAUGGAGAAGACGACUCAGAAGCAAGGCGGCGUACCUUCCCCACCACGUCUUCACCGCAACCGCGUCGCCCCGCCCUCGCAGGGCGUGCUUCUUCACUACUCUCUCUCUCCCUCUCCUCCCUGCCGACACGCGCCAAGUCCCCGCCCAUUCCUCCAUUGCAAGGUGGAGGUGAGAAAGCCGGUUCGGGUCCUUCGCUGCCCACCUUGGCCCGCAUCCCAGAUGCGGUAGGAUACGAUAUGGAGACGGGGGCCGACUGUGAUGUUGGGUGGUUGAACGUCCUCGUCGCGCAUGUGUGGGAGGGCUAUCGAGAUGAUUUUUUGGCAGGAGGCUCACAGUCGACUCCACAGGAAGGCGAGGAGGGUGGUGGAGCGAGACGGACGGCUCGUGACUUCAUGCAAGAUGUCCUUAACAGACGACGACCCACCAACGCCAGCUCCCCUUCCUUUCUCGACCCAAUCAACGUCACCGCCGUACACCCGGGCUCCUCCUACCCACUCCUCAGCAACGCUCGCGUUCGACCGCGGGACGAUGCCGGACGAGUUCGUAUCGAGGUCGAUGUGGACUACAGCGACGUCCUCUCCCUUGACAUCACUACGGCUCUCUGCCUCAACUUCCCCCGCCCGCGCUUUGCGGUCCUCCCUCUCUCCCUCGGACUGCGAGUCACCCGAUUCUCCGGCACCUUGUCGCUCAGUAUCGUCUCGCACCCUUCCGCCAAGCCAGACGAGAGGAGUCGGCAUUCCCUGGAGGUCAGCCUUCACCCGGACUUCUUGCUGUUGGCUACAUGUAGUAGUCUCGUGGGGAGCAGGGCAAAAUUGCAGGAUAUACCCAAGAUUCAGCAGGUGAUGCUGCAGCGCAUUCGAGGCGCUAUAUUGGACAAGGUGGGCUGGCCGAAGGUCUGGACUGUGCAGAUGCCGGAUCUUGUGACGGGUAGGAGGGGCGAGGAGCCUGAGCAGCACGAGGACGGUGUGCAGGGCCAGGACGAGGACGAGGUACUGUAUGAGGAGGACGAAGUGGGAUAUGAGGACGAGGAGGCGCUCUACUACGAUGAGGAGACGUACGGCGAUGAGCAGGACCGUGCCUAUGCGUCAGGCUCAGCCCUGCCCAGACGGAGAGCCUACCUGAACGGCCACCCGCCCGAAGAGCAUGAAGCAGACAUUACGCCACGGCCGCGACGUCGCUUCGUCAAUGGAGCCGCAGCUACCGGGCAGUCAUUACCUCGUGGCCCCACACCGACCCCUUCAUCGAGGCAACGCCCCCGACGUCCGCCGCAGGCGCCUCAUCAACCACCGCCUCUCCCUACGGACCAGAUGACCUCCAUCUCCCGUCGCCCACCUCCUGCUCGCCCUCAAGUACCGAGGAUGAGCACGGCCAACUCGCGAGGUGGCAGGCGGACAGAUGGUGUGCGGAGAGAUGCAGGUCAACCUCCGCCCCCACUAUCGCCACAGCCUCCGAUGCAGGGUGUCGAAGCCUGGAGGAAAGAGAUGGUACGAAAGACGAGGGGCGGCACGCCGGGAGCGGAAAGGACAAUGGGUCGUGGCUGAGUCUGGAAUGUGGUAGACUGAUUGAGAGAAGUCACGCGUGGGUCGUCAUUGCUAAUAGUACAUGGUGUUGCGGCGGUGCCUCGCCUUCGCCCUCGCCCUCGCCCUCGCUUGGUUGCCUGCGUGUGCGAUGUGCCGGUUGCGAGUCGCUAGGUGAUCAAGGCUCAUCCCACUCGAUGCCCAUGUACAGCGACUUGACCAUAGUCAUAACGGCCGCAACAAAGGCCUCCAAAUGAAAGAUGGCCUUUCCUCCGCCUCCUCCCC